GGCUGCUUUAACGCAGUCGCCAUUUUGCGGCGAUUUUGCAAAAGUAAAAAAAAAAAUCUUAAAGUCCCGGAGAAACGGUGGUGUUACUGUCACAUAACAAGGUCUGUUCACUAAAGGAGUGUAAUCCGUUCUAGCAGAAGAGAUCAGACUGUUCAGGAUACUUUACUAAUCAUAAAGAUGGAGACGUCUGAUCUGGACACAGAUAAUGGAGCCCUGUCCUCAGUAAAGAGUGAAAUCCAGAUGAAGAGAUCAGACUCACCAACAGCCAGCUGUGUCUCCAUGAAGAGUAAUGUAUCUAAGGAUAUUCCUCCAGAACUUAAAGAUGUAGAUUCCUCAUCUGUACACAGUCAAAUCCAGAUAAAGAGAUCAGAUUCACCCAGCUGCGUCUCUAUGAAGAGUGAUGAGUCGAUGGAUCCUCCUUCAGAAUUUAAAGAUGUAGAUUCCUCAUUUGUACACAGUGAUCUGCAGGAGGCAGAAGCUGUAACAGAAAAGAACAUUGUCACAGACACAGGGCACAACCCAGAAACUGCUGUAAAUGAAUUAAAGGGAUAUUUUAAAAUAAGUCUGUUGAAGAAGUUUGAGUGGUUGAAUGGAGUGAUGAUAAACCAGGGGAACCCAAUACUCCUGAAUGAGAUCUACACAGAGCUCUACAUCACAGAGGGAGACAGUGGAGACAUCAAUAAUGAACAUGAGGUGAGACAGAUGGAGGCAGCAUCCAGGAGAAAAACAACAGAGGAAACACCAAUCAAAUGCAAUGACAUCUUUAAGCCCUUAUCUGAAGAAGACAACCCCAUCAGGACUGUUCUGACAAAGGGAGUUGCUGGCAUCGGAAAAACAGUCACUGUGCAGAAGUUCAUUCUGGACUGGGCUGAAGGGAAAGAAAAUCAGGACGUCCACCUCAUAUUUCCACUUCCUUUCAGAGAGCUGAAUUUGAUGAAGGACCAAAAACUGAGUCUGAUGGAGCUAAUUCAUGUCUGUUUUAAGGAGACAAAAGAAAUGGACAUUUCUAGUUUAGAAAAAGUUCUGUUUAUUUUUGAUGGAAUGGAUGAGUGUCGGUUCCCUCUAGAUUUCCAGAACACAGUGAGAGUGUGUGAUGUAACUGAAUCAGCACCAGUGCAUGUGGUGCUGAGAAACCUGAUCAAAGGGAAUUUGCUUCCCUCUGCUCUCAUCUGGAUCACUUCCCGACCAGCAGCAGCUGUUCAAAUCCCCUCUGAGUGUGUCGAUCGAGUCACAGAGGUACGAGGGUUCACUGACCCACAGAAGGAAGAAUAUUUCAGCAAGAGGAUCAGUGAUCAGAACCUGGCCAAUAACAUCAUCACACACCUGAAGUCAUUAAGAAGCCUCUACAUCAUGUGCCACAUCCCAGUCUUCUGCUGUAUUUCAGCCACUGUUCUAGAGAGAAUGUUGGGCAAAGCAGAGAGUGGAGAGAUCCCCAAGACUCUGACUCAAAUGUACACCCACUUCCUCAUCAUUCAGACAAUCAUAAGAGGAAAGUACUCAAAGAAGCAGGGGAGUUAUGAAGAAAUGGUUCUGAAACUGGGACAACUGGCUUUUCAGCAGCUGAAGAAAGGCAACUUGAUUUUCUAUGAGGAAGACCUGAAAGAGUGUGGCAUUGAUGUGACAGAAGCAGCAGUGUACUCUGGUGUGUGUACACAGAUCUUCAGAGAGGAGUUUGGGCUUCACCAGAGUAAAGUGUACUGCUUUGUUCAUCUGAGUGUUCAGGAGCAUCUCGCAGCUCUGUAUGUGGAUCUGACAUUCAUGAUGGAAAAGAGAAAUGUUCUGACAGAGAGUCAGCCUUCAAAACUGGAAAUGAAAGAUAUUACAAUCUCAGAUGUCCACAAGAGUGCUGUAGAUCAGGCCUUAAAAAGUCAGACUGGACAUCUGGAUCUUUUCCUUCGCUUUCUUCUGGGUCUCUCACUGGAGUCCAAUCAGAGUCUCUUACAUGCUUUUGUAACACAGACAGGAAGUAGCUCCCAGAGCAAAGAGGAAACAGUUCAGUACAUUAAGAAGGAGAUCAGUAGAGACCUUCCUGCAGAGAAGUCCAUCAAUCUGUUCCACUGUCUGAAUGAACUGGGUGACAAUUCUCUAGUGGAGGAAAUCCAACACUACCUGAAGUCUGGAAAACAAAGUGAACUCUCUCCUUCACAGUGGUCUGCUCUGGUGUUUGUGUUACUGACAUCAGCGCAGGAGCUGGAAGAAUUUGACCUGAGUAAAUAUACCAGUACAGACAACGUAUCAGACUGGGUUCUUGUGAAGGUGAUGCCUGUGGUUGCAGAAUCCAGAAAAGCAAUUAUCAGAUGUGGUACAAUUAAAGAGAGAAGUUGGAUGGCUCUGGACUCAGUGCUCAGAUCAGAAACCUCCAAACUGCGAGAACUGCAUCUGACUGUGAAUACAAUGCAUCUGUCCCAGAAUAAUCUAGGAGUCACAGGAGUGAAUCGUCUCUCUGCUGUACUGGAGAAUCCCCUCUGUAAAGUGGAGACACUGAGGUUGCAGUGUUGUGAUGUCUCAGAUGAAGGCUGUGCUGCUCUGUCUUCAGCUCUGAUAUCAAACCCCUCACACCUGAGAGACCUGGAACUAUCUAAUAAUAAUCUAGGAGACUCAGGAAUGAAGUGUCUCUCUGCUGGACUUGAGAAUCCUCACUGCAAACUGGAGAUACUGAGUUUGUUUAAUUGUGGUAUCUCAGAUGAAGGCUGUGCUGCUCUGGCUUCAGCUCUGAUAUCAAACCCCUCACACCUGAAAAACCUGAAUAUGUCUAGGAAUAAUCUAGGAGACCUAGGAGUGAAGCGUCUCUCUGCUGUACUGGAGAAUCCUCACUGUAAACUGGAGACACUGAGGUUGCUGUGUUGUGGUAUCUCAGAUGAAGGCUGUGCUGCUCUGGCUUCAGCUCUGAUAUCAAACCCCUCACACCUGAGAGAACUGAAUCUGUCUGAGAAUAAUAAUCUAGGAGACUCAGGAGUGAAGUGUCUCUCUGCUGUACUGGAGAAUCCUCACUGCAAACUGGAGAUACUGAGGUUGUGGGAUUGUGGUAUUUCAGAUGAAGGCUGUGCUGCUCUGGCUUCAGCUCUGAGAUCAAACCCCUCACAACUGAGAGAACUGCAUCUGUCUGAGAAUAAUCUAGGAGACUCAGGAGUGAAGCGUCUCUCUGCUGUACUGGAGAAUCCUUACUGCAAACUGGAGACACUGAGGUUGUGUGGUUGUGGUAUCUCAGAUGAAGGCUGUGCUGCUCUGGCUUCAGCUCUGAGAUCAAACCCCUCACAACUGAGAGAACUGGAGCUGAAGGGGAAUAAACUAGGAGACUCAGGAAGGAAGCUGCUCUCUGCUCUUCAGGAUGAUGAACAUUACAAACUAGAGAAAGUGUUUUGGUGAUGAACAUCUGUGUGUGACUGAUGAAGACUCUGGUGUGACUGGGUUUCCGUGUUGGAGAAUAGAGAACAUGUUUACAGACACAUCAGUCAUUUAGUUCUAACACAUUAAAUAGACUCAGAAGUGAGAAGUGUGUGUUCAUCUUGCACGGUGAAUCAGACUGCACACAAUUCUACACUGAGACUGUACAGGAUGCAGACAUUAGGACUGAACUCAGAACAGCUGGAAUGGAGACUCAGUGUUGAUCAGAACACCUCAGGUGUGUGAUCCUGAAGUUACUGAGUGUUACAAUCAGCCCCUGGAGACACAGACACCCUCCUGCACAUUCAACACCUCGUUCACUCCGAAUGUUUACCUGAUACUCGUCUGUCUUUUAAAGAGACUGAGGCACAGAGAGUAUACAGCGUUUUCUGGAUGUGAAUGCUUUCUGAAAUUUAUUUAUUUAUAUAUUUGAAAUGAAUAAACAAAAAAUAAGAGUAGUUUUUACUUACAUCAUUUCAUAACUUGCACAGGCUCUUAUAGUUUACUGUGUAAUAAGUAAGCAAUAAUCUCUGACGGGGCGUCAUACGGCCUGAAGUGAAGUGGAUUUAAUGUUACCACCAUAAAGCUGACCAUAAAGUUGAUUAUUUUCCUAUAACAGCACAUCCCUUUUUAUUCUUCUUACACAACAGCAAUUUGCCAAUGACUUUGAGUAGUUUUUGAGAUUUGUAUGUUGGAGAUUACUCUGUGGCAAUUAAGCUAUAAUUUUUUGAUUUGUUAAUAAACAACAUAUCAUGCUUUUUUCUUUUAACCUUAUAUUGUUAUUGUAAAUAGUUACACUGACUGCACUUAUAACCUGCUGUGUAAUUUCACAGUGUAAUGUAAAUACAGCAUUUUAAUCCUUGUAAUGAUAUGUUAUUGUCUCAAACCAAUGGAUGAAAAGACCAAGAUGUAUAAACUAAAACUUUCUACAGAGUGUAAAAUAGUGUCUUGUACUUGUUUGUAAUGCACUAAAUAUAUCCAAUAGGAGGCAGUUUAUGAUUUAUCCUUAAUAACUUAGUGCACUACAUGCUGUUUAAGAUAAGAAUGACUAUGGUCAUUUAGACACAGAGUCACUCUUGCAUCAUUCCGUUCAUGGACGACAUGCUUCUGCGGCCUUCAAUUUAGUGAGGAUUAGAAGACACAUGAGAAAGAUUGAAGAUUAGAUUUCUUGGUGAAUAAAGGUCACAAAAGCUCAA